UAUGAUCUUGAGGAAUCCGGUCGGCACAAUCUUGAGGUCAUCCAUGACAUUGCUGCUUCUUUAUACAACCAAAGUAAACUUCUGGAUAUCAAUUUUAUAUUAAUGACAACUUUGAAUUCUAAGUGAGUGAAAGGACUUUAUAUAAUAGCUUCCAUCUCAAAUUGCUUAUAAAAAAACUCCACCACAUAUUGCACCAAUAUUCACAGCCAAACAGCCAAGUUCAGUACCCAAAAUGGCAGAACAAGAAGUGAAGCUAAUUGGUAUGUGGGCCAGUCCUUUUAAUCGCAGAGUAGAACUAGCCCUGAAACUAAAGGGCAUCCAAUAUCAGUAUAUAGAGGAAGAUCUUUCCAACAAGAGUCCUCUGCUUCUCAAGUACAACCCAAUUCAUAAAAAGAUUCCUGUGCUUGUGCACAAUGGAAUAUCAGUUGCAGAAUCACUUGUAAUUCUCGAGUACAUUGACGAAACCUGGCAAAACAAUCCCAUCCUGCCUAAGGAUCCUUGCAUUAGAGCCACAGCUCGUUUCUGGGCUAAAUUCGUUGAUGAAAAGAUACUGCAAACAGGUCACAAGAUUAGCAUGGCCGAGGGGGAGGACAAAGAGCAGCUCAUAGAAGAACUGGAUCAAAACCUGAAGCUCCUGGAAAACGAGCUAAAAGGAGAGGAAUUAUUUGGAGGUGAGAAGAUUGGAUAUCUAGACAUUGUGGCAUUUUUUGUAGCCCAUUGGUUUCAAGUAGCAAGUGAAGAACUGACGCAAAUGGAGGUCAUCAGCGAAGAGAAAUUACCAUUCUUACACAAAUGGCUGAGAAAGAUCCGAGAAAUAGAUGUGGUGAAGGAAUGCCUGCCUCCGAGAGACAAACAUGUUGCUUUUAUUAAAGCUCGUAUUGAAGCUGCAAAAUCUGCUCCAAAGUAAAGUGAAGGUUUUCAUUAUUCUACGUGCAUGCAAAAUCUGCCUCGAAAUAAAAAGUUCAAUUGAUGGAUGACGAGGAAGGUUCGAGAAUUGUGCUUGCCAAUGUUACUAUUUAUUGUUUGUGUUUAUAAGCUUGUUCAACCUUGCAAUAACUUCAGAAAUAAUGGUAAUAGAAUGAGUCAAUGAGAUAUUGUCUCUUCCAUUCGUGAUUUAUAUCUAGGAUUAUUCACCCUCUACUUAUGGCCUUUUUGUGUAUAGCUAGUUGUGGCUGGGCCAUAAAUUGCCCUUUUUUAUAAAACCUAGAGCCUUAUUUUCUUUA